AUGCCAUCGCCAAAGAUCAACAAGCCUGCUGCGCAGCUCCGGCAGAUUCUGGCACUACUCUCGGCCGCUGUGGAGAAUCUAGCGUCCGAAUGGGAAUCAUCUGCGAGGCAGGACAACGGCAACACCGUGUCACAUGGCGAGGAUGAUGCCGUCAACACCAUUAUUGCCGCACUGGGCUGGCUGGAGAGCCUCGUUCUAGACCCUCACACUCGCCUGCUGAAUUUGUUCAUGUCCUACCUUGUCGCUCGAGCCUUGCAUAUAGCCGCCGAGCAUGAGAUUGCGAAACUGCUUUCCCAUGACACGAACGACGGGGUCAGCGCUAGUCAUCUCGGCAGGAUAACUGGCAUAGAAGAGGGAAAGCUAUGCCGAGUCAUGCGAACGUUGACUUCACACCACAUUUUUCAAGAGGUCAAGGAAGGGUGGUUUGUCAACAAUCACAUCUCUCAAGCACUUGUCAGUGAUGCCGCAUUUCAAGCCAACAUUACUAUGAAGGCAAAAAUUGUAGUAUAUCUUUUUGACCGUUCGCAGGGCCAGUUGCAGUAUAGCGUCAGUGACUUACUCCCCCAAGCAUUGGCAAAUCCUGCAAUUCGGGAUAGCUACGACUCAAGGAAGACCGCCUUUCAACAGGCCAUCGGGACAAAACUAUCCUUGUUUGACUGGAUGAACGAGUUUGCACUUUGCGAGGAGGACGGUGCACCGCAUUCAUUCCGUCAUUCAGGCCAGAAGAUGGUACCUCGUCCCGAAAAGCAACUCUUUAACCUUGCAAUCAGUGCCCAAGGCAGGAGCACUGAAGAGUAUUGCGUUCUUGACUUCCCUUGGAAGGAUCUUGAGGGUGGCGCGACUGUGGUGGACGUUGGCGGCGGAAUUGGUAAGUCCCAGAUGUUACCCCCUAUUCUGAGUCUCGUCAUGCAAGAGAAGGAGCAUGUGAUUCAACAAGCAAUUGCAGUAUGGGAGACCAAACACCCUUCUGCCAUUGCUGAGGGUAAAGUUAAACUAGCUGCGCACGACUUCUUCAAGAAAAAACCGGCCGUUGGUGCUGAAAUAGACUGGCUACGAUACAUCAUGCACGAUUGGGCCGAUAACGAAGCAAUCGCCAUCUUGUCACGGGUUGCAGAGUCGAUGAAUUCCAACUCUCGCGUGCUGAUCGCCGACAUGUUGAUGUACACCACGUUACCCUCGCAAAAGCUCAAAGUCAGCCCCUAA